AUGGACCAAGAUAAUAUUAAAAUGUUUGUUGAUACAACCACUCAAGAUAGUGAUAUCUUCCAUGAGGAAAGAUUAUCAAAAUAUUUAGAAAAUGCUAAAAAAUUUGAUCUUUUUUUCUUAAUUGUAGCAAUUGGAAUUGUUAUAUUUUAUAAAUUAACUCAUAAAUAUAAGACAGAUGUAUCAAUGAUUGAAGAUGAAGUUGAUGAAAAUGAAAAGACUUAUAAGAAAGCAUUAGUGAAAGGUGAAUUUCAUAAAUAUCCAUUAUUAUCCAAGACAGAAAUCACUAAAGAAACUGCCAUUUAUAGAUUUAGUUUACCCUCUGAUUCUUACGUUCUUGGAUUACCUAUUGGACAACAUAUUUCAAUUAGAGCUAACAUUGAUGAAAAAAAAUUCUUAAGAUCAUAUACUCCAAUUUCAUUAGAUUAUGACGCAAUCGGAUAUUUUGAUCUCUUAAUUAAAGCUUAUCCAACAGGUAAUAUCUCUAAAAUGAUUGGUGAUUUACAAAUUGGUGAUAAUAUUGAAGUUUGUGGGCCAGCUGGUGCUUAUGAUUAUACACCAAAUUGUCGUAAAAAACUUGGAAUGGUUGCAGGUGGUACAGGUAUUACACCAAUGUAUCAAAUUAUGAAGGCUAUUGUAGAUGAUCCAAAUGACACCACUGAAGUUUCGUUAAUUUAUGGUAAUAGUUCAGAAUCUGAAAUUUUAUUAAAGGAUGAAUUAGAUUCAUUAUGUGAACGUAAACCUGAACAAAUUAAGGUUUAUUAUUUAAUUGAUAAAGCUGAUCGUGAUGAUUGGGAAGGUGGUAUUGGUUAUGUUACGUCUGAUUUAUUAAAUGAAAAAAUUGCAUCACCAGAUGAUGAUAAUGUUCAAUUAUUAUUAUGUGGUCCACCAAGAAUGGUUUCAUCUGUUAAGAGAAUGGCUGUUGCAAUGGGUUAUACUAAAGGCAAACCUGUCUCUAAGAUGGAAGAUCAAAUUUUUGUCUUUUAA